CCAACGUUUACCUGUGUAUUUACCUUCAGAAAAUGCUAAAGCUAACGGAUUUGGCUGACGUUGCGCUUGAAAAGCGACCCGCGGAGGCACAAAAUCUACAUAUUUGUGAUAAAACUGAGUAAAAAUGAGCCAAAAUGAUCGGAAUGCAGGUGAACAAACGUCUCCUCAGGUCGUCUUGAAGGUUUCUGAGAGCAGAUUCGUGUUAAAGGCGCAGGCGGGCUUUGCGGAAGUAGAGAGAGCUUCUUAUUCGAAUUCUGUCGGUCCACCUUAAAUGGUGCAGCAGUUCCAUUCUGGCGCCUGAGGCCGUUUCCACCAUUUAAGGUGGAACGGCAGACUUCGAAUAAGAAGCUAAGUUCGUAGAGUUGUGAAACGCUGCUGUGUUGACAGACCAGCUUUGAUGUGAACAACCACAAAUCUCCUGUUCCUGCUCUGACGUUUAGAUGAAGAAGCUCAUGGUGAGACACAGUGAUGAAGAUCCAUGGAAAAAUCCUGCAUCACUACCUGUCCUGUAGUGCACCUGUGGUUAAGGAGGGCUUCCUGUACAAAAAGGGUGAAGUGAACACCUCCUAUCAGAAGCGCUGGUGCACCCUCAAAGGGAACCUGCUGUUCUACCGGGACCGCCCGGGGGACAGGGAGAUUUUAGGGGUCGUCGUGUUGGAGGGCUGCUCUGUACAGCUGUGUGAAUCGGACGAGCAGUUCGCCUUCUCUCUGGUGUUCAGUGAGACCGGCCUGCGCACCUACAAAUUCUCGGCCGAGAACCAGAAAAGCCAGGAGGGCUGGGUUAAAGCCCUCCACUCAGCCAACCACAGCUUCCUCUCCAUCCUCCUGCAGGACCUGCGCCAGCAGUAUCUGGAGACGGCAGAAGCAUUGGGAGUUAAACCGGUGGACUGUUCGCAGCUGGUGAAAGAGAGCAUGCCUCAUUCUCAGAAGCCGUAUGUAACCUCAGUGUUUUACGCUGUGCCAGGCGCGAAAGAAUCAGGGGGUCUCGGAAACAAUCAGCACCUUCUGGUCCCACCCCCCGGUGCCAAGCACGCCAGCAAACGCUCCCCUAAACUCUGGCCUAAACGUCAUGCUCACGUCAUGCCCCUCAACGGCCCACCCCCGGCCCUUGGGGAGUGGUCAGAGCCCACAGAGGAGUUCAGCAAAAUGCACGAGGACUAUGGCAGGGAGGUUAGGCAACUGGUGGCCGACUGGCAGAAGAAAAAAAGGCGGGAAACGACGGCCAUGCCAGAGGAAGAUCUGAUUGAUUUGGGUUAGAUUGGUAGAAAAAUCAAAUUUACCCAAUUUUCCCAUUUUUUCAGAUGAUGGUUGAUCAGCCAGUGGCUGUGUUUACAUGCAGAUUUUCAACAAUCCAAUUGAAUACAUUCCGAUUAUAGAUUAAGACUGAAGUGUUUAUUCUCACUCUACUCAACAAUCUGAUGGAAAAUCUCUGUUUACAUGCUUACUACAAGUAAUCCGAUCCAAAAUUAUGCACAGUUGUAGAGAACCACUUUAGACGUUGCCAUGACAAUGAGCACCACGUGAGUCCAGUCAGAGCGAGAUGAGCAGCAGUGAGCAGUGCUUGUGUUUUUAAUGACUUUAAAAUGAUGUCAGACUCAGGAAAACGUCCUUCACAUGUCCUUAUUAAAGAAGGCCGAGA